GCUCCCUGAAGACACAAUAUAAACAUCAGUGCUCAAUUCAAGGCAAAGGUUCACUCGUCGGAAUCCACCCACCGCAACUCCUUCAAACGCGUCUUUCUCCUCUCUCUCCUUAUUUGUCUCUCCUCCCUCCCUCUCUAAAACUCACACGCGCUCUCCCCCGCUCUGAUACAGCGUGGUUGCCAUGACGCUGUCUAACUGAAUCACUCGCUACAGCGGUGAGAACACUGCUGCCGCUACUCCUCUGCUGUGGGAUGUUCAGUCGGCAUGUUGAUGCGCACCGGCUGAGCGCAGCGCGGUGCCCAUGUGUGUAGCUCAGUUUGGCUCGGCUCGGUUCGACUCGGCUCUGUCCCGGGGAUGAAGACGUGACCAGCACCUGUGACACGGGGUCCGUCGUGGUAGCGCGCGGAGACACGUCGCACACCUGCGGCUGGAGGGAAGUAGAUGGAGGGACUCGCGCCGCAUCCGCUAUUAACGCCGCACUGUACCGAUUGCUUCAUCUCUUCUCUCUUCUGGUCCACGGGGGGAGCGCGCUUGUAAGCUGAUUUGACCCGGGAAUGUUAAAACCUCCCCGGGAUUAGAAGGUUAUUGGAUGAACGACAAUGCCCCGCGGCUCGAUUUGGCACUCCCGGCUAUUGUUCGCUCAGCGGCGGACGCUCAGCACCCGGUCUCCGCCGGUUCAUGUCCAGUAGCUGCCUCAGCUCCUGAGCCUCUUCCUCGCUGCUUCGCCUUGGCUCGUCCCUCUCGGUGUUGGAUACAAUAAUAUGACUUCCUGGCUCCGCACACACGGCAGCGUCCCCCUGUAUCUCCUGUUGGUGGUUGUCUGCACAGAAGCCUCUCAUGCCGGUGACAGUGUGUGUCGGUCUUCUAGUGUCACGUCUUGUACAGAGUGCCUCAGAGGUGGAACACAGUGUGCCUGGUGCUUCAUGGAGAACUUUCAAGACGGGUUGUGGCCAGGCCCUCGCUGCGACCUGCCGGCGAACCUGCUCAGAAGAGGCUGUGCACCGGAGUUCAUGGAGCAGGCGGAGGUCAAGGUGGAGGUCAACACCAACAUCAGCAGUGUGCAAGUGUCGCCGCGGGACAUCGUCAUCACCCUCCGACCAGGUGCAGAGGCCAGCUUCAUAGUGGCUGUGAAGCAGCUGGAGCGGUACCCUGUGGAUCUGUAUUACCUGGUGGAUGUAUCUGCUUCUAUGCAAGAAAACCUGGAUCAUCUGAAGACCGUCGGUGUAGCUCUGUCUCUGCGUAUGAUGGAGCACUCCUCAGGCAUUUGGAUGGGUUUUGGCUCGUUCGUGGACAAACCUGUCUCCCCUUACAUUAAUGUCCAUCCCUCCAAGAUCAACAAUCCCUGCAGUGAUUAUGAGAUCCGCUGCCGUCCAGCCCACGGCUUCCACCAUGUCUUGAGCAUGACAGGAAACAUGAGCGAGUUCACACGCGUGAUUAAACGCCAGCGCAUCUCGGGGAACAUGGACACACCCGAGGGAGGGCUGGAUGCUAUGCUGCAAGCUGCGGUCUGCGAGGGGGUGGUGGGUUGGCGACCGGAGGCCAAGCGCCUGUUGCUCCUGAUGACUGACCAACCAUCUCACUUGGCCCUGGACAGCCGGCUGGCGGGGAUUGUCACACCGCACGAUGGCCUGUGUCACCUGGAGAACAACGUCUACACAGGGAGCACCGGCAUGGACUAUCCCAGUGUGGGCCAGUUGUCCAAUAAGCUGCUUGAAAACCAUAUCUACUCCAUCUUUGCUGUGGAGAAGCAGCAGUACCAGUGGUACGAGGAGUUGGUGCGCUUGAUACCUGGUGCCUACCUGGGAAAGUUAGGCCUCUUCCAGGCUCCAAACAUAAUAGAGCUGGUGGUGGAUGCAUACAAGAGGCUGUUAUCAGAGGUAGCGGUAGCGGUGUCAGUGGAGGACAGGGCAGCCAGCAGGUAUUGGGUGACUGUGUCUCCCCUCUGUCCUGACGGAUCCACUGCUAAAGGACAGAGCUGCUCAGGGGUGCAGCCCGACCAGAUGGUUUACUUUAAUAUCACCGUCGGCCUGCACUCUUGUCCUGAUGAUGGUGAAGACGAAGAUGUCAAAGUGAUGGUGCGCCCUGUGGGUUACAAUGAAUCUACUGUCGUCAGGAUUCGCUCCAAAUGUCGCUGUGGCUGUGGACCAACAAGGCGCUGUCACGAUGACAACCAGUCAACGUGUACAGGGACCCGCGAUCAGGAGCAGAAGCCCAACCAUGGACUGCUCAACGACUCAAACAGAGAAACAAAUUGGAAAUGCAGAGCUGAAGGCUCUGAUGUGGACUGCAGUGGCCGGGGAGAGUGUGUCUGUGGGAGGUGUGUGUGUGAACAGAGCAGGCUCGGGACAGUAUAUGGGAAAUACUGUGAGAGAGACAGCUUCUCCUGCCCGUAUGAAGGCGGUGUUCUUUGCGCGGGACGAGGUGUGUGCGUGUCAGGCGACUGUGUGUGCGAGGAUGGCUGGACAGGGGAGAGCUGUGGUUGUCCCACGUCCAAAACAACCUGCCACUCGGCCAAUGGCUUGUUGUGCAGCGGGCGGGGAAGAUGUACGUGUGGCAAAUGCGUGUGUGACGACCUCCGAUACUCUGGAGACGCCUGUGAAAGAUGUCCUGCUUGCCAAAGCACCUGCCAAUCAUACUGGAAGUGUGUGGGCUGCCACUUGUCACACGGCCUCACACAAAACAUGGUGGGACACUGCAACAACAGCUGUACACCACUAGUGGGCUACACAGAUGACGUUUCAGGUCAAGCAGGGGAGAUGUGGAUUCAGUGUAUGUACAUCAGUAACGACAGCUGUCGCUAUCGCUUUCAAAUCAUCUCACACGCUGGCCAAACCCAGCUUCAGAUCAGCACAAGACCAGAGUGCACCAGCAGUGGCCGGUUGAUUGGAACAUUCCUCACUGUAUGUGCUCUGACGGUGCUGUGCGGUCUGGUGGUGGUGGCCAUGCUGCGAUUGCUUCUACAGAGAAAUCUCUGGUCACCAGGGGGCGCUACCGAGGUUGUAGUUUAUCACUGCACUGGAAAGGACCUGUCGUACAUUCCGACAACUACUGAGAAGACAGUCACCUACCGCAGGGACCAGCUACCUGACCACCCUGUGGAGAUGCAGAUUCAGGUUACCAAAAUGUCCCUUGGUGACCCCUGGCAGUUCUAGGCAGAGGUCAGUGGUCAAGGUCAGAGGGGAAGUCAGCAGAAACGUGUAGAAUGAGAUUUGGACCAGAACGCUUCUUUCUGUCUCCCUCACAAAACUUCAGCCGGCUGUAGGUGUAACUACACUAUGAAACCUCCAUUGACUGACAUGUAUAAAGUGAACUGACUGAACAAACUCUCGCUGAGUGGUGACUUGUGUGGCCAGUAUCCUGCAGACUGAGAUGAAAGUAAGAGCACAGUCACGGAUCUCUUCUCACGCUGUCUAAAGGGUCAUCGCUCCUUGUUUUUGCUUUGUUUUGUGUUUUUUUUAAACCAUGAACCACAAUCACUGCUCUAACUUAUGGUCCUCUUUGUAAGUGAGUGCAUGUGUGUGCACAUGUGUGUACUGUGCCAUCAGAUGCAGGCUUUCUAUUUAUUAUAAUGACACUACAUGUUUUUAGGUCACUACAUUCCCAGCAAGAACUGCACUGUCUUCUUGUUUUAGUCUGCCCCCUUGUGGCCAGCUUUGGGUAUGAAAUAUACCUCCAAAUAAUAUAACAGUGUCUUCAUGACUGACCUCAGCACUAUUGACUUAGGAUAAGCACACGAUUGACUCCUGAUUGCUCUCGACUUUGAUUCCUUCAUUAGUCACUUGUGGCAUACCUGGUCUUAGUGUUUCUAUUUUUCUAACAUUUGUUUUUGUCAAGUGAUCAACUGUGUUGAAAACGAGUGUCAUUUUAUUUCAUUUUUCUAUCAUUGUGUGAGGAGUAUAGUUUCAUGUGAUUGUCUGCUUAGACGUUGCACGACAACACCUGUUUUGCAUCAUACUACUGAAAACUGUGAGGUCUCUGGGGGCAGGAGAGGUAAUGGUGGAGCGGUGGGGUCUAAAUUCGUUGGGCAUUACAAGGCAUUGAGUGUUUGACGCGUAUGAGGCAAAAAAAACACAACACUGGAAUAACCAUGGACUGUAAAUCCAUAUCCUGUGAAACACAGACAUAGUGAUUGCAACUGUGCCAUCCAAUGCCUGAACUUGUGACCUCUGUGAUAGAGACACGCCUGAGUGCGCAUGCAUCUGCUGAUCAUCCCAGAGCCAUAACUUUCCACAACUGUAGAUAAACUGGCAUGUUUAGACACUGACGCCAGCUUCUUGGCAAAGGUACAAACCAGUUCUUCUAAAGGUACAAAGGUCAGAGGUGGAUUUAACUAACUCCCCUCACAUAACGCGUGCACUAGAUCCUCUGGAUCCAGAAUGCCACUCGCAUGGCACCUUGAGAGACUUUUGCUUAUCCAAUCCUGCUUCUUUUAUAUUGUUGUUGUUGUUUUUUUAUUUAACAUGAAGUUGUUUAUGGCAAAAGCUGAACACUAAUUGUUAUUUAUUGAGAUUUCAUUUUUCUUCUUUUAUUCUGAUAUGUUAAUUGCGCUAUUUUAUGAUGAUGCUACUUGAGUAAUAAGGGGUAGUAUGGCGGGGGUUCCUGUUCCUAACCCACGAGAAUAAUUAAGCAAUAAGGUUAUAAUCAUCUCAUGUUGUACAGGGGGCGAUUGGUACGGGAUAGCAACAGCACUUUUUCUGUGUAGUUUUUACUGUCAAAUAAUGUGACCUGUUGUGUAGUAUGAAUUAUUUCAUAACAAUAAAAAUGUUCAAGAUUUUUUUAAAAACUGA